AUGCGUUGGUGGCUCGAGAAGCCGUUGAACGCUGAGGAUAAGCUACUUGAAAUUCGCGACCCGGCUAUUGUUAGAAGCGCACGAGGCAGGCCGCGCCUGAAUGCCGACAACAAGAAGCUCAAGGUUCCGCGAUACCUUAAGAUCGCGGAUUACACCAAGACAGGAAGUGAUGCCAACGAUGCGGACGAUGACGAUGCUGAAGCUGAGCCUGUAAGAUGGAGUCAAGGCAGGCAUUCAGCACGAGGCCGUGGUCUGGGCCGACAGCCUAGUCAGAAUGCGGGCCGAGGAACGCGCCGAUUAAACGCGAGCCUUCGCCGUGACUGCUCUCAGUUCGAACUUGAUGAGCUACAGUCACAUGCGUCUCAAUCGUCGCGAGGAAAUAAGCGUCGACGAGUUCGUGGCGGGGCGGUAGGACGAAGUCGUGUGGAAGCAUCACAGGCCGAGAGGUCGCCAGCAAACCAGGUCCAAGAGUCACGAGAGUCGUCAGCCGAGAGCUGUAUUAUCAUCCCAGGUUUUCGAUCGGCUGUAACGACAUAA